AUGUCGCGCGAGACUUCAGAGCACCCCGUCGAAGGCAACGGCCUGCUGCCCCUGAACGACCUGCUCUCGCCCGCGGACGAUCAGCAGUCUACGCCCGGGCCGCAGGCGAAGAGACCAAGGAAUUUCAUCGCUACGGUGGCCUGCGAGACAUGUCGUCUCAAGAAGACCCGCUGCGAUGAGUCCAGGCCCCGGUGCGGUCUGUGUAAGUCGCUGGACCUGGAAUGUGUCUACAAUGAACGCAAGUCGUCCAAGCGAGACCAGUCGCUCAGUAUGAUCAUGAGCACGCUGCAUCGGCUCGAGACCAAGAUGGAGAGUAUCCCCUCGGCAGUCUGUCAGGACAUGCAGCCGUUCCAGGAUCGUCUUCUGCAGAGUUUACGCACUUUCAAUGGCUCCAGAGAUCUUGAUCUGCAGGCACUGACUGCUGCUGCCGCCGCCGCCGCCGGUACCAGCAACGGCAACGGUAGCAGCAGCAGCAACACUAACAAUAGACCCGUGGUGUCGAUAAUGCGCCACCAGGCAGUCACCCCUGCUCUGGAUUCUCCGGGUCAUUUUGACGUGGAUGACCAAUAUCAUUCGCAGAAGCAGCAGCAGGGCGCAUCUGUUUCUACAGGGCAUGUUGCCAUCUCCUUCAGCCAACACGGCGUGAUCAAUUGGUCGGGCGUGCGCAGUAUUCUACCCGAGCGGGUACUCGCAGCAUACGAGACGCUCGGGCGCAACUAUGUCAUUGACGUCGAAAAGAAACGGCUCCCAUUGCCCAUGCAUAUCCGUCCGUUUCCUUCCCAGGCGGGCGAACGCUGGCUGGAGGUGCUCCCGCUCGCCCUGAUCAAGGGCCUCUCCGACGCCUUCUUCACCACCUUCAACCCCUUCACCCCGAUCAUGGACAAGAACUUUUACUUCUCCUUCACCCUCGGGGCUGCCAUCGAGAGCGGCUUCGGUUGCACCAUGGAAAGCUGUCUCGUGCUCAACGUCAUGGCCCUCGGCUGUCUGGCCGUCCUGGCCCAUCGCGAAGGCAACUACCCACUCCCGGGCUCGCACAUCCUGCACUUCGAGCCACCGGACUGGAUGAGCGUGGUCCACGAGGAGCCGGCGGGUCUGCGCUUCUUCAACGAAGCCCGCCGACGUAUCGGCUUUCUCAUGUGUGAGAACGACCUGCAGAGCUGCCAGUUCUACCUUCUGUCCUCGGUUUACUACAGCCAGAUUCUUCGCCCCAUGGACUGGUGGGCCAUGAACCACCGAGCGGCAACCUGUUGCCUCUCCAUGUUCACCAACCAAGAUGUCAAUUUCGACCAGUGGGAAGGUGACAUGAAAUCCCGCGUGUUCUGGAGUUGUCUCAUGAACGAGAGCAUCCUGGUCCAAGAACUUCCCCUGCCGCCCAGCGGCCUCCUCCGCCUGGAAGAGACCGUCCCUAUCCCCAAGUUCAUCAGCUUCGAGACCACGGGCUUCGGGUCCGCUCGGUUCCCCUCCUCUGGCGACCUGGACGAUUCUUUCUUCCAGUACCAUUUCCUCGCCCAAGUCGCACACCGGAUCAUCCUGAAUCGAAUCCGGCACUCCCUGUACUUUUUCUCAUCCUCCGGAACGUUCCCCCUCCCCGCCAUCACAGCCGAACUACACCACCAGCUCGAGCAGUGGCGCGUCAAUCUCCCUCCAGCCCUGCAAUUCCCCGACCCCUUCUUCGCCGCGACAACCCCCCGCAGCACCGCCGCGGCGUCCCCAAUCCCAACCCCGACAGCGCGCAACCCCCCGCUCCUCCUCCGUCUCGACUCUUCCACUUCUAUUACCUCCACUUCUUCUCCUUCCCCCUCCUCUUCUUCUACUUCCCCGCCCUCUUCUUCUCCCCACACGCCCGCCACCGCCGUCGCCGAAGCAAUGCUCCGCGGCCGCUACACCAUCGGCAAGUUUCACAUCGGCCGGCCGUACCUGUAUAAAGCCCUGCACGCCCCAGACGUCCUAACAGACCACGACCUCGACCAGGUCCGUAGCGGGCUCCGCGCCGCCAUGGACUGGCCCAUCACCCAGGGCAUCUUCCGCUCCAUGAAGAGCUGUAUUCCUAUAAAAUUUGCUUUCUGCUCUCAAUUCUUCGGCCAAAUCCUCCUCUUCCACUGCAUCGCCCAGUCUCCCAACGCCCGUGUUCGCGACACCCUCCCCCUCGGCUGGGAACGGUGGAACGCCGAGAUGCUCCAUUUCCUCGACGAGUGUGCUCUCUUUAGCCCUGCCAUUGCUCAGGAUCUGGACAUCUUACGACUUAUGAUUCCAUGA